AUGGCUACCAAUCAAUGCACUCAGUCCCAUCAGCCAACCGAGCCAAUUACAAUUACCCAACCCACCCAGACCGCAAAUACCCAGGCCCCCUGCGUCCACAUCCUCUUCGACGUCAAGACAUCCCCAAAGAAGCUAAACCCCAUCCUCCUCGAGACUCUCCAUCACAAGAUCUACCACCGCGAUGUGAAGAUCUACCCCUCCUUCGAGGACAUGAAGAACGCCGGAGCUGUCAAACGCGGCAACGUCGUCGUUUCCCUAAAAGCAGAGGGAAUGAAUGAAGACCAGAUCGUUAUGGCCUCGCGGAUAAAGAUCCAGCAGCUCAGUAUGGACUGGGAUAAGAAUGAGCUGGUCGGCGAGGGCCUCUGCUUGGUUACUGAGAACAAGACGAGGAGUCCUGGGUGGGGCUUCAUGCCCUACAACGCUUGGAGGGAGCAGGCGAAGCGGCGCUAA